AUGAAUCUGAAGUCAGCUGUAGGAAAGUGCUCAGUUGAAAGUGGAGGUUGGAAUGUUUUGUUUGUAUCCGAAUGUCUUCUUCAUUUCUUGAACGAAUGCAUUGGCACAAUCACAGCAGACAGAGCAGAGCAUUCCCAUUGGAUAUCCCUUAUUGUCAGUGCAUCCAUUCAUUGGAACAAAGAUUUGAUUGCAUGCCUUGUUGUCCAAAGUGGCAGACAAAGCAGAAUAGGAACCGUCAUUUGGAAUUGGUCCAGUGCAUCCGAGCAUUUGACAGGAUGGUUGAGCAAUCUUCUCGAAAUCAGCUCCCUCGAGAUAGGUGGCAGCUGGGUUGGUGACUGGUCCAGCAACUGCGGAUCCAACUGA